GUUUGUGUUUUUCUGUUAAAACGACGCCGUCUGAGAUGCUGAUUCUCGACACCAUCCUCUUCAAGCUGGCUCUGCAACGCCUAGGGUUUGGUCUCUGCACCCACGCUCGUCCUCCAUGAAGCCAAGGAAUGAUGAAACCUACACGAAGAUAGCACUGACCUCGCUCUCGGCCAUGGUCGCCGAGACCUCCACCUUUCCUAUAGACCUCACCAAGACUAGACUCCAGCUCCACGGCGAGUCACUCUCUUCCGCUCGCUCCACCACCGCGUUUAGGGUUGCUGCCGAAAUCGUUCGCAGAGAUGGCCCACUCGGCCUCUACAAAGGCCUGUCUCCCGCAAUUCUUCGGCACCUAUUCUACACGCCGAUCCGAAUCGUCGGGUAUGAACACCUGAGAAAUGCUGUGGAUGGCCAUGAUUCGGUAUCUCUGUCGGGAAAGGCCCUAGUCGGAGGAAUCUCCGGCGUCAUUGCUCAGGUAGUGGCAAGCCCUGCUGAUCUUGUCAAGGUGAGGAUGCAAGCAGAUGGUCGAAUGGUGAGCCAAGGCCUCCAAUCCAGGUACUCAGGAACUUUUGAUGCAUUAAACAAGAUUAUCCGUACAGAAGGCUUUCGAGGCCUAUGGAAGGGGGUUUUCCCAAAUGUCCAGAGGGCAUUUUUAGUGAACAUGGGAGAAUUAGCCUGCUAUGAUCAUGCAAAACAUUUUGUUAUACGAAACCAGAUAUGUGGUGACAACAUAUAUUCCCACACCCUAGCCUCUAUCAUGUCAGGCCUUUCAGCAACUGCUUUAAGUUGUCCAGCGGAUGUGGUUAAGACACGAAUGAUGAAUCAGGCUGUGAGCAAGGAGGGCAAGAGUAUGUAUAAUAACUCUUAUGAUUGUCUCGUGAAAACUGUCAGAGUUGAAGGAUUGAGGGCUCUUUGGAAGGGAUUCUUUCCUACAUGGGCAAGGCUUGGUCCAUGGCAGUUUGUGUUCUGGGUUUCUUAUGAAAAGUUUCGGGAGCUUGCGGGGCUCUCAUCCUUCUGAUGAAUUCUAGUGACUACUUUAUUUCAUGCUCAAGUUGCUUAUUCCUGAAGUAAACAAUUGAUCAAAUGCCAUUUGUGAUUCCUCACUCAAUCUUCAAAACAUGGCUGCAAUGGCUUCCUCGGUUUGGGAUUGGGCUUUUCUCUCUCGUCAAAUCUGAAGGAUCGAAUAUGGUGCGAGCCACCGGGCAAAGAGAAUUGCAAAGAAGAGCUCAUGAUAAUCUGAGAAACAAUUAAGGUCAGUGAUUCCUCGAGUUACAUUUCGUACACAUUCUUUACCAACAUAUCACCCACUUCUUUCAUACACAUUAUUUUAACAUUUUUUAGUUUAAAUAAUAAUUUAUUGUAUGUUUUAAGAAUUACACAAGUUUUUGUUUUCACGUAUUCAUAUUGUAACGGGUGAUUGUUUUCA